AUGAAGUCUGCCGAAAUAAAUGGCGAGUGGACGCUUUCAUUUCGUGACAAACAGCAAAAAUUGGACAACGAGAUCGAUGCUGAAAAAAUGGCAAAGGUCAUAGAGAAUGCUGUUGUCGUGGAAGUUCUGGAACUACGAGGUAAUACUGUAGGUGUUAAAGCCGGACAGCGACUUGCACAUGCACUGGAAUUUCAUCCGGAGCUAAAGCGAGCGUUAUGGAGUGAUAUGUUUACUGGACGACUGAAAGAAGAAAUUCCUCUAAUUCUGCGUUCUCUGUGUGGUGCUAUGAUUAGGUGUGGAACACGAUUAGUCGAAUUGGAUCUUUCGGACAAUGCAUUCGGUCCAAUCGGCGCGGAAGGACUUGAAGAGUUCCUUGAAAGUCCUUCGGCAUAUUCGCUAAAAGUACUGAAAUUGAAUAACAAUGGUUUAGGCGCUGGAGGAAAGAUUAUCGCAAAAGCACUUGUACAAUGCCAUGCAAAUGCACAAAGAGAUGGACAGAACUUUCAGCUGAAGACUUUUAUUGCCGGUAGGAAUCGUUUGGAGAAUCCUGGAGCCUUUGCUCUAGCAAAAGCUUUCCAAGUUUUGGGCUCUUUGGAGGAGAUAACGAUGAACCAAGAUGGCAUAAGAGCUGAGGGAAUUAAAGCUCUUUCAGGAUCAUUUCGUUACAAUCCUAAUUUAAAGAUAAUCAAUCUUAGUGAUAACACGUUCACCAUAACGGGGGCUCGUGCGAUGGCAAAGGUAGUCCGAGAUUUGAGGAAUAUUGAAGUUUUGAAUUUUGGAGACUGUUUGUGCCGGGACAAAGGUGCUUUAGCUAUAAUUGAAAAUAUUUCGCUGUCGUUCCACUCUCAUUUGAAGGAAAUCAAUUUAUCGGGGAAUGAACUGAGUCCAUCCGUAAUUGAAACAAUCCUCGACAGAGUCAGCAAAGGCUUGCAUUUGAAAUCCCUUGUGCUGCACACAAACAAUAUGGGAGUUCAGUUUGAUGAAGUUAAGUCGAAAUGUGACAAAUAUAGUUUUAUUGAUUUGGGUGAAGAAAGUGAUGAUCAGGGGACACUAGAUGAAGAAGGGGAGAGUGAUGACUGUCAGGAACUUUAUUCGGAAAAAAGCCAUUCCAGUGACUCAAAUAAUGAAAAUAUUGAUAAACAAGUGGAAGAUGGUAUUAUAUUGGACAGGUCUUUGGAAAUUGAUAAUUGUCAAACAGUAAUUUCAUUUAGAAAUCAACAGUGGAAUUCUGAAGAGGAUGCUGAAGCCGUAAUUCAGACAUUAUUGUCGCAGAAGUUUGUGAAGAUAUUGGAUUUGCGUAGAAACUACAUAGGCGUUGGUGCAUGCCGAAGGAUUGCAGAGGUUUUGCGAGAACGCAUGAAAAGGAAUAUGCAAAGCUUAGAAGAAGUGAACCUAAAGCAAAAUGAUAUCACUGCUGAAGGUAUGUUAGAAAUGGUUCAUGCAUUCAAAAGCAAUUCAAAGUUGAAAAUCAUCAUUCUCAGUGGAAAUACAUUAAAAGUUGAUGGUGCCGUUGCUGUCGCUGAAGUGUUAUCUUCAUUACACCUACUUGAAGUUCUGGAUCUCAGUUCUUGCGCUUGUCAUGAAAGCGGAAUUCUGGCAGUGGCAGCAAAUUUAAACUCAUCAAUACAUCUACGUUUGAAGAUUUUGGAUUUCUCGUCGAAUGCUUUAGGAGCAAAUGCAAUACAGCAGAUUGUACGUAUUUUUGCAAGUGGUGGAUUUCAUUUGGAACGUCUUUCGUUGCACUCUAACAAUAUCGGACAUCGUUUCGGUGAAUUGAAGGAAAAAUUUUCAUAUAUUCAGUUUCUGGAUUUGGGAAGCGAAAGCAAUGAUAAAGGCUCUUUAAUGGAGGAAAUAUCUACCAUCGAUGAACUAAAACGAGAGUCGUGGAAUAAGAGUGAUGAUCAAUAUACCGGAAAUCUUGAUAAUAUACAAGAAAAGGAACUCGUACAUGUAAGCAUGGAUACAAUUUUAUUCAUAACAAAACCAUCAGUUGCCGUCCUGGACGUUUUAUUAUCACAUAUGAAAACUGUUGUCGAAACACUGCUUGAUGAUUUAUAUGGAAGGACUCAAGAAAUAACAGCAGCUUUACUGUGUUCCUGUUGCACAUUGCUUUCUGUAGAAACUUCUAAUAAGCAAGUGUUGAAAGAGAAGAUUGUGACACUGGCAGAUGCAAUCUUAACUGCAGCGAAAAAAGCCGAACGUCGGCCAGUUUCGGCGACAGAAUCAAUAUGCAAUCAGUUGUUGGCAUUCGCCGGUGCUGUUCGGUCAGAAAGUCCUCAAUCUGCGGCUAAUAUUAGCAGUGUGAUUUUCUUACUAGAAUCAGUGAUAAAGCGCGGACAUUUUCGAGAUUUGCAUCGAACCAUUGCCUUUUCAUUCAACGCGAUAAAACCGACCUGUCCGGAUCGAAUUGUUGAAAUUGAUCGAUUAAUGCAAGCCUUGAAGUUCGAAUAG